CGAGACUUGCAAUACAAGAACUCACUCUUCAUGAACAAGUUAUUCCUACACUACGAGGAGUUAUUGUAUGCGAUGAAUCAAGGUGACAUUGGAUGUGUUGAAACAUGCAUCAUUGCAUGGAUUCCUAUCCUGAAAGCUACAGGCAAACAUAAGUAUGCUACACACAUGACAAACUUCCUCCUCAAUGUGCACUAUGUCUACCCACUGGGCCUC